GCGUCACGUCAACAGCGGAGAGGUUUGCUGCUCCAUGUGUAGGAAAUACUAUCAACAGCACCAACGAGCGUGCCAUCCGGCUACAGAAAGUGUAGUUUAAUGUCCAUUUAGGGCGAUACAAGUGACCUUGAAAGUGUACAUGUAGCACAACAGUAAGGAUGCAGCGAGUACAGUUGAUGUCUACACAAACUGUAUGUUCCCGUACAGCUAAAAGAAGAAUGAUUUAAAGGUGGUGUGUGUUUAGAUUAAUCAUGUGGAGAAGUGCAGGCUACAGAUGCUUUGGACCAAAGGGACUUUUGGGCUACCUUGCAGUGCGUACAUUCAGCGCUCCAGCCUUACCUGCAGGCAGGAUCACAGCACUUCAGGCGAUGGAUUUCUGGAAGAGACACUUUGUGGAGAGAGGCGUGACGGAGCCUGACCACUCGAGUCAUUACAUCCUCGCUUAUCUGCUCGGGGCUAAAACUAUAGAAAGUCUUGAGCAGCGGAAGUUAACAGAGUUUCUCAGUCCAGAAAAAACAGAGCAAAUGUGGAAGCUCUGCUCUAGACGCCUAUCCAGGAUGCCUGUACAGUAUGUGAUUGAGGAGUGGGACUUCAGAGAUCUGACUCUGAAGAUGAGACCUCCUGUGUUCAUACCAAGACCUGAAACUGAGGAGUUGGUUGAACUCGUGCUCACUGAUCUGCAGAUGAAGUCCGGGACUGGAGUCGGUGCAGAUAACCAGCAUACAUGCUUGGAAGUCGGAUGUGGCUCUGGUGCCAUUUCUCUUAGUCUGCUGAAGAGUCUGCCUCAGCUUAAAGCCAUUGCCGUGGAUCAAAGCCAGGCUGCAGUAGAUUUAACCGGAGAGAAUGCGUUAAGGUUGGGGCUUCAGGACAGAUUACAGAUUCAUCAUCUAGACGUAAUGAAAGAAGCAGAAACUGUGCUGAGCCUCUCUAGCUCUGUCUCAGUUUUGGUCAGUAACCCCCCGUACCUGUUCUCAGAGGAUAUGACGACGCUGGAGCCUGAAAUAUUUUGGUUUGAAGACCACGCUGCUUUAGAUGGAGGCAACGAUGGCCUAAAAGUGAUCAAACAGAUCUUGACUCUGGCUCCACAGAUUCUGUCAGAUCAUGGCCAUGUUUACUUGGAGGUGGAUCCCAGACACCCCCCGCUCAUUCAACGGUGGGUGGAGGCGAAUGUUGAAGACAUGCAUUAUGUGGAGACACGGCACGACAUCUGCGGCAGGCCGCGAUUCUGCAUCCUUCAGAGAGAGGAGUCGAACAGGGACCACAAACUGGAUCUGGAUUGAGAAACUGCGAUCCUAUUACGCUGGCUUUGGCCCAGGUCUCCACAGCCUCAGCUCCCCUACCCCCACUGAGCCGCCUAGCUCGCGCUCGCACCGAUUUGAUCACUCAAUAUUCACAAUUUGUAGAAGCUCAAAUCAUUUUCAUGUCACUGUUGCACUUUUAAUCUGAUAACACUUGUGAUCACAUCCUGCCCCACAAUAAUAAUAAAACAUGUGUGCGAGAUGGCACAAAAGCAGCUCAAAGCUGAAGGUAAUUACUGAGGCUUUUCUUAGAACCCUCCCUCUCAGAAUCUCCCCCCUCCUCCCAGGAAGCAUUCAGUAGUUCUGUGAAUCCACUGAUGAACGGUCCUCCCCUUUGCUCGUCCACUCGCUGACUCAGAUGCAGGCUGUACGCAUUGUUGAGCAAAAACACACACACGCACACAAUGUGGCCUUUACUUCCUCACACAAUCUGCGUCUCUCACACACUUAAAGCUCAAAGGCCACAAGGUCUUUGUGUUUCAAAAGGUGAUUUGAAGCAGAACAUAUUUUGUAAAGAAAGUGUGGCAAGAGCAAGCCAUCAUGUGGUGGUGAAUAAUACAAAAGAAUAUGAAGAUAGUAUUUCUCUGUGAGUGCAACUGGCAUUUAAAGAGAGAAUGAGUUAAAGGACGGCAAGUUAAAUGGUUCUUUUAAUAGAAAAAUGUACACAUGUAAAAAAGGUAGAAAAAAUGUUUUACUGAGGAAAAUAAAAUGGCGUAAAAGAUGUCUCAAUGGAAUCAGUAUACUUCUUGGAAACAGUAUGUACAUCCAGAACUGAUGAGGUUAAAACAGACAUGGACAAUUCCCACACCCAUCGUGAAAUAAGUGAUUACAGUACUGAGGUUUGCUCACAAGUCGUACUUCAUCACCCAGCUCUCUUGACGAAUCAAGUCUGGAACCAGGCACGUCAGUAUUAACUGAAUUUAUACACAUUUCGUCAGCAAAACAUGACCUUGUGUCCAGUAUUUUCGUGACUGGCCUCCAACUACUGGGGCAGCGAUGUCAUUUACAGGCACAAAGGACCUGUUUGACAGUUUUUUUGUCCUUUAA